CAAAAUACUUCAAAAGCGCAGCGACCUCGACAAGUCUGUGCGCCACAAGAGCCGUCAGAAGUACCAGGAGUUUCUCGAGGAGCAGACCAUUCGCAACGAGCGGAACAAGCAGCUCGUCCACAUGCUGGAGCGGAUUGAUGAGCAAACCGUUGCCAUGUCGCAACGCAGCGAACGGCUUAAGAUGAUGAAGCUGCAAUAUCAAAUGUACUUUGCGAAAUUGGUGCAGAAUCAAACAUUGCGUUGCAUACAACAGCAGACGGGGCAGGCAGCUGGCGGAGCUGGAGUUGCGGCAGCGGGUGGUGGUGCGGGCAUGCCCAUCCAAGUGCUGGUGCCACCCCAGGCGGCUGCUGCAGCUGCGCCUCCACAAUGGACACUUGCCAUGGCCACACCCACACAUGGAGGAGGCAUGCUGCUAACGCCCCAGUUUGCAGCACCAAAUGCUCCAGUUGCUCCAGGUCCGAUCCCUAUGCCCGCUACUCCGCAGGGCCUGUACUAUCCAGAGCUUUAUGGGGCCACGGGUAACGCUCCACUUGGCACCUCAAACUUGUUCGAUCUGCGCGCCACAUUGCGCGCCUUUGAUAAUGAGAAUGCCGAUUUGCCGGAGCGCAUGACUCACUUCAACGCAGCCACAGCCACAGCCACGGCCAGCCAGGCUGCACUGACAGGUGAUUAUCAGGCAGAGGCAAGUGGCAGAGUCACACCGGCUUCAGCAUCGGCAGCAGCACGAGGAGGAGGAGGAGCAGCAGGAGGAGGACGUGCAGACGAUGGAGUAGCAUCCACGACAACAUCCAUUUCGUUGGCAGGCCAAGACAAAGGUGCGCGGCAACUGAGCAGCACAUCCUCGACACUGGCAACAUCCUCGUUGACAUUUGAUAAAUUGCCAAAGACGUCCUCCUCGAUGACGUUAACGGAGAUGCCACUGGCACCGCCACAGCCACUGACGACUACUGCUGCUGCUGCUGCUGCUGCUGCAUUCACUGCUGUCGAUGACGUUGGUGGGCAACCGCAAAUGGCAGGAGGAGCAGCAACAGCAACACAGAGAGGCCAAGAGCUGCGUAGGAGCUGGAGUCGAGAGCAGGAUCACGAGCAGGAGAUGCCUGAAAUGGCUGCCUGGACAAAUUCACGCGUGACUAAAGUCGAGUAUGAAAAAUCACCAACUGUCGUUGGCCAUAAUGAGCCCGGCCAGAGACAGCCUCAGCAGCAGCAGCAGCACAACUUUGAAGCGUACUUUGGUGAGCUAAAAAUCGAUGAGCCCUGGCAGCCAGGAGCAACACCAUCACCAUCACCAUCAGCGUCACAAUCCAUGGGACGAACAGCCAGCACGGCCGGAGACAAACGCCAACUAAACGUGCGUCCCGGCGAGGGCGCGAAAGGAGACGCAGGCGAAGGUGAGGGUAUAUCCGUGGGAGGUAAAGUUUGCCUCAGCAACGAUUUGCUGGACGAAGUCAUAGCCAGUCGUGCGGCACUGGCAAAAGCAGCGGCUGCGGUUGAUGAGCAGCUAGCAAGAGGUAAUCAAUUGUCGCCGCCAGGCGGCAACAACGAACGGGGCUACGCGGCCACCCCUGCUGCGUCCUCCAGCAGCAGUUCGUGGAACCCUAGGCCCGGAGUGUCGAUUGAGAAUAUUGAAAAUGCCAUUUACGGCGAACGUUUGACAGGAACUGCGACAGCAGCAGCCCCAGUCCUAGCCCCAGCAGCAGCAGCAGCAGCGAUAGAAGCACCAACGCAGGGAUUUUUCGAGAAUUCGGUAACCAAUACAUAUCCGCAGGAGCUGGCGGACCAACAGCACCAACAGGAGGUGCAGAGGGAGCGGCAGCCGGAGCCAGAGGUUACCGAUUAUGGCCAAUACGAUGCCAGCAGCUAUGGCGAAGCCAGCGAGCCCAUAUAUGCCAGCAUCGAUUCCACCAGCCAGCAGCAGCAACACCAGCAACAACAAGGGGCAACGGGAGAGCCGCUUUAUAGCGAAAUCGGAAAUCCCACAGACUAUCAGCAGUAUGCAACGGAUGCGAGUGCAGAGGUCGCAGCUGGAGCUGCAGCAGGGACAGAAACUGAUGCAACUGCAGCUGCUGCUGCUGGGACUGGGGGUGCCGAGGCGGGAGGCACAAUGCAACAGGAGUACUCCAAUAUUGAUUACGGCAACUACGAGGCCGGACAGUACGCGGCCGGCUAUGAUCCCAAUGCCUAUCCGGGCUACAUAUACGAUGAGGCCACUGGCCAGUACAUAGCCGAUCCCAAUGACGCUCAGUACGCGCCGGAUGGCAGCUAUGCCGGGCAGGAGUACGAUGCCAAUGCCGCCAACUACGACUAUGGAUCUUAUGCCGAACAGGAACAACAGCAGCAGCAGCAGCAGCAAGAGGAACUGCAACAGAUGCAGUCACAGGAGCAGGGACAACAGGAACAACAGGAGCAACAGGAAGCGUAUCCCAUGGACAAUGACAAUGGCCAGAAUGCGAUGGAAGUGGAGCAGAGCCCCGCACUGGCAGCGACACCGCCCGUCGAGGGGAAAGUGGAACCAGCCGCCGCCACCACGCCCGUGCCAGCCUCAAAGCCUGUCAAACCCACGUCGAUACUCUCGACGACAGACAAACAAGCGGCGCCUAAUGAUGCGCAACAGCAGCAGCAGCAGAAGAAGAAGAAGCGCGUUAAUUUCGUUGACAGCAGCGAAACGGAUGAUAGCUCAAGCGCGAAACCAUCCCCAGCCGCAGCCGCAGCUUCGGCAUCGGCGCCUGCCCUGUCUCUGGGCCCAACUUCUGGACCACCUCCGGCAGGAGCAGCAGAAACUGGAGCUGGUGGAGGAGCAGGCAUGGCCGCAACCACAGCCGCUGGCGGCAGCGAGAGUGAUUUCGAUUUUUCAACGGGCAGCGAGGCGAAGAAUUAGAACAAGCUGCAAAACAGUUGAAGCUCUAAUUUGUUGCCAUUUGGGUUAACCAAUGAGCGCCCAAUCGCGCGACCCAUUCAAAGUGAACGAACGAACGCCUCGCCUCGCCACGAUUUAUAGCCAAUGCAUUUUUCACUUCACUUCCGCAAGAGCAAAAAGAAACACAGAGAGAAAAGCUGCAAAUAAACGAGACAGAGAGUGAGAGAGAGAGAGAAAGAAGCUUCAAAGCCAACAAAAGAGCGAACCGAGUGAGGUGUGGGCGAAAAUGCUAACAAAAAAUAAUAGUGGGCCAGCGGAAACGGAAAUGGAAAUGGAAGAAACUCAAUCAACACAAAAGUUGCUGCUGUGCACAGCAGGAGGCAGCAGAAAAGUCCCAAAAAAAUAUUCGACAGUUGCUUAAUUCAAUUAUCUUAGAUGCUUGAAA